GGCAUCAAUUAUAUAUCCACCGUUUGAAAUUGCUUGGCCAUGAUUAAUCCAUCUUCACAUGUGUCCAAGAAUCCACAAGACUUGAUCAGAUUUGAAAAGCCAAUUUAUGGGGUUUUGACAUAUUAACGCGCUUUUGCCGUUAAUAGUUAUCAUCUCUCUUCAUUUCUUCUCCCCAUUAAUUAUCUCUCCUCUCUCUCUCUCUAGAAUUCACCAAAUUUAAAUUCUAAUUCUUUCAUGUCAUCACCGGCGGCGGCGGCGGAUCCGUCGUAUUGGUGUUACCGGUGCAAUCGUUUUGUUCAAGUCGGCGGAGACGGUGGAGGAGGAGGAGGGGAAAAUGAGGUUAUAAUUUGUCCAGAUUGUUCAACUGGGUUUCUUGAACUUCUUGAAAUUGAGGAGAGCAGCGCUUCAAUAACCACCGUAGACGGAGGAGGAGACGGCGGCGGAGGCGGAAGUGGAGACGGGAGAUUCCCUCUGCCUACUACUUCUGCCGCGGCAGCUGCUAUGUUAUUGAUAGGUACUCAUAAUAACAAUAAUAAUACUAACUCUAACCCUAACCGGAGAACACGAAGAAACAGCACCGGCGACCGGUCUCCAAUCAAUCCAGUGAUAGUCCUUCGCGGCGGAGAAGGAGACGGUUCGGGUGGAUUUGAAUUAUAUUAUGACGACGGAACCGGGUCCGGGUUAAGACCGUUACCGCCGAGUAUGACGGAGUUUUUAUUAGGGUCGGGUUUCGAUAGAUUAUUAGAUCAAAUAUCUCAGAUUGAGAUCAACGGAUUAGUCCGGUACGAGCAUCCACCGGCGACUAAAUCGGCGAUUGAGUCGAUGCCGAUCAUAAUCAUAACUUAUCGGCAUACCUCAUCGGAGUCUCACUGUGCAGUCUGUAAAGACCCGUUCGAAUUAGAAACGGAGGCCCGAGAGAUGCCGUGUAAGCAUAUUUAUCAUAACGAUUGUAUUCUGCCGUGGCUGUCAAUUCGAAAUUCCUGUCCGGUUUGCCGGCAUGAAUUACCCGGAGGCGGCGAUGAGGAAACGGGUCGGGUCAAUCAAGAAAUUAGUGGGAAUGAUAUUGGAAGCGAGGAGGAGGCGGUUGGAUUGACGAUUUGGCGGUUACCGGGAGGUGGGUACGCCGUCGGGAGAUUUAACGGCGGUGCAACCGGCGUUAGAGAUCAAUUACCGGUUGUAUAUACAGAAAUGGACGGCGGGUUUAAUAGCGGCGGUUUGCCUAGGAGGAUAUCAUGGGGAGGAAGAAGCGGCGGCGGUGGCGGUAGAGGGAGAGGAAAUGGAGGCGGUGAUCGCCGUGGAGGUGGCGGUUGGUUGGGUAUGCGUAGGUUUUUAAGGAACUGGUUGGGUUGUUUUGGCGGGUCAGUUUCCGACCCAAGAUUUAGAAACCGGAGGAGUAACGGGUUGGCGUUUACUGUUAGUAAUAAUAAUAUUAUUUCUAAUUCAUCUUCGUCUGGUUCGGCUAAUUCAAGAAGGAGAAGAGUUUGGGAUGUGGAGAUGAGAGUUGGAAGAACAAGGAGAUAAGAUUAAAUUAAAUUGAAUUUAAAGUUUUAAUUAUGGGGCGAAAUCGAUAAUUAAUUAAGUAAUUAUAAUUCUUCCGUAUGAAUUUGGUAUUUAAUUGAAAAAAAUUUAAAGAAUACAAUUCGAAUAAACAAAAUGUGAAGAAAGAUGAAGAAAAUAUCGUUUCGUUCUAUAUCAGGUCAACGGAAAUAUAUUUUUAAUUAUCCGUGAUUAGAUUUAUCGGUUUUUAUUGUGCUAUUUUUUUGUUGUUGCAAUUUGUAGUUAGUGAUUAGAAAAAAAAUUAUAUACAGUGGAGCAUUUAGCAGUUAAGAUUCUGCUUAAAA